AACGAGACUUGAAGGCCGCUAUAAAUCGUACAAUUCACGAUAGUGGUGGAAUAAAUCCGCAAAUAUAAAUCGAGUAAGAAGCAUGCAAGAGCUAACUCGCGAGCUGAGCGCCGCCUACAACGUUUGCGAGCACCACAACGACAACAAAAACCACAAAAACAACCAAUUGGAAAUGAGCCCCAAUACAGCAAUUAGCAAGAACACCAAUCUGGAGCAGCAGAGCGGCCUGGCAGCCGCGUUUCUACUGCCAGCGAGCUGCAUUAAACGUGAGAAUCCUCACACUCCCGAACUACUGCCCGUUUGGCAAUCGAGCGCGUCACCUGAUCCCACGCAUCUGCGUCUGGACUUCAAUGCGAACAGUAAACUGUUGCUGCAAGGAUCCGAUGAUCCGCUCAUCUCGCAUGGCGAUGCCCACGACGAGGAUCAUCCGUUCAAGACGCUGCUGGCCCGCAAGUCCCAGGAGCAGCGUGUCGCAAACAAUGGAGCCUGCAGCUCACUUACCAAGCAGCAGCUGAAGGUCAAGGCCAGUCUGAUGAGCGCUCGCAAGACCGGGCAUAGGCAGGCGACCCAUGCUGUGCGGCCAGCACAGCCGUCAGAGAUGGCCGCGCCAGCAGAGAAGCUGCCACCGAAGACUAAGAAGCGCCAAUCGUCUGCUGGCGCUCUAAAGCUGCGCUUCCAUCACCAGGCCCUGCCCGCCGAGUACCUCAGUCAUUAUGAGGCCGCGCAGGCGCGCCAGCUACCAGCCAAGGCGCCCCAACCAAAUGCCAAGCCCGCACCCGCCAAACAGUCCCACGAGAAUGUGCGCAGCUGGCUACGAAAAAUCGCAGAAAUUCAACGGAGCGCCGAGCGACAGCAGCAGGCCCAGGACUCGACAUUAACGCCAGGGAACGCGGCCCCGACGCCCCAAAUAGAAUUACAGACUGCUAGCCCCGCUGCGGCCCCCCUCGUUAGCAAACGCAAUCCACUUAAGUAUGCGGACCUGCCGUAUAUGGGGGAAAUAACGCUCGACAAUUACAAGCCGCGACGCGGUCGCAAACCCAAAAAGGCGGACAUAUGCCACUUGAUUUACAAGAACUAUGGCACAAUUGUCCCGCCCACGAUAACUGUAGGUACCUCGGUUGCCAGCACGUCAAACUCCUCCGGCUUGUCCGCCCAGAAACUGCCCGUCCUGGCUGUCGAGGAGGAGCCCUUGAAUCUGUGCCUGCGGGAUCAGUCCAGUGAUCGGUAUUCCAUAUCCAGUGGUAGCGAUAGCGAGAAACCCUCCACCACGGAUUGUGGCAGCUGCAUCACGCCUCUCACACUGCAACUAACGGCGACAACGCCGGACACACCUCUCGAUCCAGAACCACCCAGUUCUGCCAAGUUGCUGCUACAGCCGGUGGGCGUUUAUUACCAGCAACUGAUGGAGUCCUGCGCCUUUGGCCUGCCUGUGCCCGUCGAAACUAUUGAAAAAGACAACCAGCUGGCGCUUAAAAUACCCAUACCUAGCGGCUUCUUUGCCAAUGUGAAGCCGUUAGUGGAAACCCCACCGCCUAAGCGCAAGCGCUCAGCUAUAUUUAUACCGCCGAUGCCCGCGGAACACUCCUCGAGUCCCUCGAACGAGGUUAGCAUAUGCAAGUUCAAGUUCACGGGCGGUGCGAAGCCGACGCUGCUCGAGAAGAAGAUGUUGUCAGUGGAUGCGGAGGGCAAUUAUCGUUACUACAAUGGCACGGGCGACAAGACUAUGCGCGGCUAUGAGUUCAUUUCUCGAGAUCAACAGCAGCAGCAGCAGCAGCAGCAGCAACAGUUCCAAGACAAACUGUAUAUUGAUAUACCACCACCAUCAACGGAUCUCAGCUUGGAGCUGCUCCACAUACCGCCCGAGUCUCCCACCACAUCGCUGCUCAUCUCAAAUAAUUUGAUUUCGCCUCAGAGUCCAGCCUCCAGUUCGCAGAGUCCAAUGCCCGCUCAAACCCAAUCCGAGCCGCUGCCAUUGGUUAGCAGUAGCAGCAGCAGCGGCAACAACAACAACAACAAGAACCACAAUAGCCACAACAACCACAGCAGCAGUUGCGGCAAACGCCGCUGCUCCCGCCGCUCGAAGCAGCGCGAGAAACUGGAAAAGACAUUCAAGGAGAAGGGCUUCCUCAUCCAAACCCAACAACUGCAAUCCGCCGAGGGCGCAACGUACUGCAAGUUUAGACAAUUAAAAAAGUUCACACGUUAUCUAUUUCGGAACUGGAAGGAUCAUAUACCGCCUAGCGAUUUGGCCAAGCAUCAGAGCAGCGCAGCUGGUGGCGCCAUCGAGAACUUACUGGCUGGCCAAAAGAGUGCAGAGAGCGUCUCUAGUGCUGCCGCCACAGAUCCGGCCACAUAGCUUUCAAAUAAUUCAAUUCAAACCCAUCAGUUGGAAGUAUACCCGGACGGAUCCUUAACGUUUUAAUAUAAAUUAAUGUCCGUAAAGCAAUUUAAAAAUGUUAAGUCAUUUAGGGACGUUACGGAAAAUACCCCUGAUUGUGGUUUUGCAAAAUCUAAACAACAAAGCACUGCCAAAGAAUUUCUAGUUAAUAAGCAAAUGGUUGCCAUUCAAAAUACACAAGAACAUUAUCCUAGACAUGAGGAGCAAGAGGAGAGAAUAUCGUUUUAAUUCCGUCCAU